AUGGCCGACUAUAUCGAAGCGCAAUUGACGCCAGACCCUCCAAACGAUACAGAUUUUGACUUCAGUCAAUUCUGCCUAUUUCCCCCAGAUCAUGUUGACGAGAACACUUUCUCUGGUGAAGCCCGGCACUUAAGUGCUUGCAUUGAGUCAUCGUCAUCAAGUGUCUCGGGAGGCGCGCCUUUGUCUGACAACCUCGAGAAUAUUAAUCUGGAUCCCCCGGUUGCAAACGGCACGAAUACCUCUGUCGCGGAUACACCGUUUAAAGUCGGCAGCCGCUUUACCUCUGCUGCUAUCAGAAUCCUAAAGGCAUGGUUCGACAACCACGAGCAUCAUCCCUACCCCACACCGGAGGAAGCACGAAAGCUAGAGAAACAGACAGGCCUGAGUAAACAGCAGCUUACAAACUGGUUCGCCAACACCCGUCGUCGUAGAAGGUUUCGCCCGAGGGGUGCCGCGUCCGCUUCCGGACCUAUUGAGAUUCCCGCACGGCGACCCACGCCCAUGCCUUUUGAGCAGAUGAACCCCCUGCAAAGAUGGGAACAUUCGCCCCCAGAGCAUGAACCCGCGUCCGUUACGGAUAUCUCUCGUGCCGUCGCCGCAUCAACGAGACGUUCGGGUCGUUCAAACCGAUCGCGGUCGUCUGCCAGAUCAUCCGAUAAUAUCUCGUCAGGCAGCAGCCUCGCGACCUCUCACUCGAGCAGAGGCUCGAGGUCCAACGGUUCUGCGUACUCCUAUGGCUCCAACACGUCGCUUACCACCCUGCAUGGGAUCAGAAAGGACUCGAGUCGACGAAGAAGACGAACGGCCACCAACGUUCAACAGUCUAAGACGGUAAGCUUGAUGAAGACUCGCAAUCCGUAUCACUGCACUUUCUGCGCAGAAACUUUCAAGACGAAGUACGAUUGGCAGCGUCAUGAAAAGACCCUUCACCUAUCACUCGACGAGUGGAUCUGUUCACCACAUGGCCCGACCGAGGUCGACCCUGACAGAGGCAUUAUAUGCGUUUAUUGUGAAGAGGUAGACCCAGAUCAGCACCAUCUUGACAGUCAUCACCAAGCAGCCUGCUCAGAUAAACCGCUCGAGGAGCGCACCUUUUACCGGAAAGACCACCUGAGGCAGCAUCUGAAACUCGUACACAGGACGAAGCAAAUGACAAAAUGGGCUGAAGGGUGGAAGGUCACGACGGAUGAUAUCCAUUCAAGAUGUGGGUUUUGUAAUCUCACAUUUGAGUCGUGGUCCGGCCGUGGGGAUCAUAUCGCGGACCACUAUCGUAAUGACGGCAGCAUGAUGUCGGACUGGAAAGGGAAUUGGGGGUUCGACCCGUCUGUGCUUGCGAAGCUGGAAAACGCAGUACCGCCGUAUGUGGUUCAAUGGGAGCAGUGUGCUCCGGUGCCCUUCUGUGCGGGAACUGGGCCAGCCGAUACAUCUCCCAGCGCUUACGAACUGCUCAAGUUGGAGCUGGAGUAUUUUGUCCGCAACUUCUUCGAAGAAAACGAAGCUCUGCCUUCCGACGACGAUCUCGUGUAUGAGGGCUGUAGCAUCAUCUUUGGCUCACAACUCCUCUCGCCCGAUCUCGCGAAUACGGCAUCUUCUUGGCUCCGAGACCUCUUCAUGAGCUUCACCGGGGCAGCCGAGAAAGCUCGCUUGCGGCCAAUGAACCAUUUGGCAAAGCUACGGAUGAGUCAACUCCAGAUCAAAGGAAAGGCGGACAUUUUUGAGGAUUGCGAGCUCGAGUCUCGGCUUUGCCGACACGUCGGAGAGUACACGAGUCUAGGCCUGCGUCUUUCAGAUACCGAUGUCAAGCAGGAAGCCUGCUCUACUCUGUAUCGCGUCGAAUCUUCAUCUAACAAUCCCUCGAGACGAUUCGCAGGCUUUUUGGUCCGACUGAUAUGGGAGUCGACUGACUGGAUUGCUCCUCUGCGCCAAAGGGCAGCACAUUCUUUUGUGAGCUCGUAUCCAGAUUUCAGUCCUGACCAAAGCACACUGGCAGCAUUAGCUGGUGGUGAACUCGAUGAGUUUUACAGUGAACUUGCAGCGCUGGGCCAGCUGACUGGUGAAUCCGAAAGACUGAUGGCUCCGGGCGGCGGCAACGAAAGGACGACCGGCGAGGUUGAGAUGGCGGGCAUCCUGGCGCCAGCAACAUAUUCAAAACCAGUCGUUCCAGAGAUCCCCGGUGGUCACUUCUUCAACAAUCCAUCGACAGCUCCGCAAGACUUCUAUUCGCGACUGGAGACAAGCAAAACGAUCUUUGUCGGGUCUGGUUUCUCGUUGCAAUGGAGCGAGCGACCAAGGGGCAAGGGCAUGCCGUUCUUUCUCAACGACCCGAAUCGAUACGCCCGCCUCGCACGGGAGCUUUCGCGGUUCGUGGCGAGCACGAUGUCGCCCAACAAUCCAAACAACCACGUGCCGACGGACGACGAGAUAAGGUACCAAGCUCGCUGGAUACUCUACGACGAUGGCGAUCCAUGGAACCAGACUCCGGCAGACAUUGCCGAGUGGUUGACUGAUUUCAAAAAGCAGGUCGGGUUACAAUAG